AUGGACCAGAGCUUUCGCUUCGCCGCCUCGGCGGACACGACAUACCACAGCUUCAACGACAUUGAGCUGCUGGAACCGCCCUCAGUGCCCUCACCACCAGACAGCAGGGGCUCCUCUUCCUCCUUCUCGCCGGCGAGUCUGGCGGACCACCAUGGCGGCACGCCACAGCAGGUCACGGAGCGAGGGGGAAAACUGCCCUUGAUGCCCACUGCGGCCAAGAUGCAGAGGCAGGACUCGGGCUACGAAUCUUAUGGAGCUACUCCGCGCCCCUCCGUCUCCCAAGUCCGCCCGCCCGCCCCAGCUAGGCCGAUGUCCAACACAUCCUCAGCUGGCAUGGGCUCUCCGUCCCGUCUUCGCACCCGGCCGUCAACACGCCGUUCCGCCAAGUCUUUUCCGCAGCCCUCCUGCCCACCGUCUCUGCUGUACCACACUCCUCGGCCCCACGCGUCCAGACCCCCGUCGGCGGCCUAUUUCCAGUUUCCUUCACCUGACCUCCUCGAGCUCACCGAGACAUCGUCUACUUCGCAUCGCCAUCAAGAGCAUGCGCCUGCGACUUACCAGCCGCCACAGACGACCCACUAUUGGACCAGCGACCGCACCCGCCGACUCGAGUACGCCGCCAUCGACGCCGCCGGUCGAGGCGUCAAGGGCUGGGUCCGCAGGAACCUCGUUCCGGGGUGCUUCGGCCCUCGGCACGUUGCCUUCGAUGACGAUACCGGGAGCGUGCGGCGCUACCGGUUGGAGCUCGAAGACGAUCACGACGAGAAGUCUCCGGGUCCCAGCCCCGGGAGGCGGCGUAAGGGCUGGCAAUUUUGGCCGUUGCUCCGCAGGAGCAAGACCCUUUGA